CAGCAAAUCAAUAAAUUUAAUUUGAGUUUGACUCGCGUUGUCUAAACAGUGUGUUGUGUUUAUAAUAAGAUCGUACAAGUCAUUUGAUUUCUGAUAAGUAUUAAAUUGCCAUCACAAUGCAGAUUUUCGUGAAAACGCUGACGGGUAAAACUAUCACUCUUGAAGUUGAACCUUCCGACACUAUCGAAAAUGUAAAAGCUAAAAUUCAAGACAAAGAAGGCAUUCCCCCAGAUCAGCAGCGACUGAUCUUCGCCGGAAAGCAGUUGGAGGACGGCCGUACUCUGUCUGACUACAACAUUCAGAAGGAAUCUACCCUCCAUCUUGUACUUCGUUUGCGCGGUGGUAUGCAGAUUUUUGUAAAGACACUCACGGGCAAGACUAUCACCCUCGAGGUAGAGCCCUCUGAUACCAUCGAAAAUGUAAAGGCUAAAAUUCAAGAUAAAGAGGGAAUCCCGCCUGACCAGCAGCGAUUGAUCUUCGCUGGUAAGCAGCUAGAAGACGGCCGCACCCUCUCGGACUAUAACAUUCAGAAGGAAUCUACCCUCCACCUUGUACUGCGUCUCCGAGGUGGUAUGCAGAUCUUCGUUAAAACAUUAACCGGCAAAACUAUCACACUUGAAGUAGAGCCUUCAGAUACUAUUGAGAAUGUAAAGGCCAAAAUUCAAGACAAGGAAGGCAUUCCUCCAGACCAGCAGAGAUUGAUCUUUGCAGGAAAACAGCUUGAAGAUGGGCGCACUUUGUCUGAUUAUAAUAUCCAAAAGGAAUCCACCCUUCACUUGGUCCUGCGACUCCGUGGUGGUAUGCAAAUCUUUGUUAAGACAUUGACGGGCAAAACCAUCACUCUGGAAGUUGAGCCUUCAGAUACUAUUGAGAAUGUAAAGGCCAAAAUUCAAGACAAGGAAGGUAUCCCCCCAGAUCAGCAGCGUCUUAUCUUUGCUGGCAAACAGCUAGAGGAUGGUCGCACUUUGUCUGACUACAACAUCCAGAAGGAAUCUACACUCCACUUGGUACUCCGUCUUAGAGGUGGUAUGCAGAUCUUCGUAAAAACCCUGACUGGAAAAACCAUCACUCUGGAAGUAGAGCCAUCUGACACUAUUGAAAAUGUUAAGGCUAAAAUCCAAGAUAAGGAAGGAAUCCCACCAGAUCAGCAGAGGCUGAUUUUUGCUGGCAAGCAACUGGAAGAUGGACGUACCUUAUCCGACUACAACAUCCAAAAGGAAUCUACCCUUCACUUAGUCCUGCGUCUGCGUGGUGGAAUGCAGAUCUUUGUCAAAACUCUUACGGGCAAGACCAUUACUCUUGAAGUUGAACCUUCAGAUACUAUUGAGAAUGUUAAAGCUAAAAUCCAAGACAAGGAAGGUAUCCCACCAGACCAGCAGAGGCUGAUUUUUGCUGGCAAGCAGCUUGAAGAUGGACGUACCUUGUCUGACUACAAUAUUCAAAAGGAAUCCACGCUCCAUCUGGUACUGCGUCUCCGUGGUGGUAUGCAGAUCUUUGUAAAAACCCUGACUGGCAAGACAAUCACGCUUGAAGUUGAACCUUCUGACACCAUCGAAAAUGUGAAGGCCAAGAUUCAAGAUAAGGAAGGUAUCCCUCCCGAUCAGCAGCGUCUGAUCUUCGCCGGUAAGCAAUUGGAAGAUGGGCGCACUCUUUCUGAUUACAACAUCCAAAAAGAAUCGACACUGCAUUUAGUCCUCCGUCUUAGAGGUGGUAUGCAGAUUUUCGUAAAAACCCUGACUGGCAAAACAAUUACUCUUGAAGUAGAGCCAUCUGAUACCAUUGAAAACGUGAAGGCUAAAAUCCAAGACAAGGAAGGGAUCCCCCCAGACCAGCAGAGGCUGAUUUUUGCCGGCAAGCAGCUUGAGGAUGGGCGCACCUUGUCAGACUAUAACAUCCAGAAGGAAUCUACUCUCCAUUUAGUCUUGCGUCUGCGUGGUGGUAUGCAGAUCUUCGUCAAGACUCUGACUGGCAAGACCAUUACCCUCGAGGUCGAACCAUCUGACACCAUUGAGAAUGUCAAGGCCAAAAUCCAGGAUAAGGAGGGUAUACCUCCUGACCAACAGCGUCUCAUCUUCGCUGGUAAACAACUUGAAGACGGUCGCACUCUUUCUGACUACAACAUACAGAAGGAGUCUACCCUGCACUUGGUGCUUCGUCUUCGAGGCGGCAAAUAAAUUCCGAAUAUAAUAAAUAUUCUACCAUAUCUCUUCUAUCUCUGACAUGUAUUCAUUAUAAUACCCACUCAAUAUUCACACUCUUAUUCUAAUCAUUCCAGUUACAAUAUCCGAUUACAACACUUCUUGAAAUAAAUAUCUUUCACCUCCGUAAA